AUGCCUCUCGAAAAUCGACCGCGACUUCCCCGCAUACCUCUAAGCAAGCGAAAUCGGGCUGUCGUGAGGGCUCUUAACCCAAUGCUGGUAACCUAUUUGGAAGCCAGCCGGGACCUUUGCGAGACGGACUCAGUUCUUUUUGGCGCCGCAGUGGCAGCUUGCCGUAUUAUUGGCGCCAAACUUCCCAUGGCUGGACGCGCUACUAAACAAAGUAGCGCCAUCCCAGCCUGGAGAAAAAGAAUUGAGGACCGUAUCGCAAAAGGCAAGGGCCCUUAUCGGCAGACUGAUAAGCUUCAGGUCGGAGUGAUCAGAAGAGGCUCUACAAAUCAUUGGAGCGACCAAAGGUAUGUGGAGCGGGCCCAGGAACCGCAUCAGGCUAACACUGUCGCAUUUUGGCGUAGCCUGUGGUCAGAGCCCGUAAACCACAGCGAGGGCCCUUGGACGGAAGUUGUGGCGAACCGAGUUCGGUAUAUCUUGCGCUCAAAUAUAUUUGAUGUCGCCGAACUCGAACGGCUACGACGUGAGGCUGUUCCCUCAUCGGAUGAAAAUGCUACGGCUGAGGAUGCAGCGCCACAAAUGAUAGAGCAACUCGCAAACGUGGAUGCCGUCGUGAAUACCCCAGUUGUGGUUGAUUCAAACAAUGAUGGAACAGUCGCCCAGGAACUGAAUUAG